CCACUUCAUUCAUCCACAUCCCAAAAUUACAAUACCCAUCUCAUCCAUUUCAAAAAACGAAAGAAAGAAAGGCCAUUCCACUCUCUAAAAAUGGCAUCUUCUCAAAUGUUUCUCAAGAUCUUCCUUCUAAUCUGUGUCUUUCACCUCUCCUUUGCUUCUAGGAGGUUGAAUGAACUGGUUCAGGACCAGUCCCAGCUACUUCAAUACCACAACGGUCCUUUGCUAUACGGCAAAAUCUCCGUGAACCUGAUCUGGUACGGCCAGUUCAAACCCUCUCAAAAAGCCAUAGUCUCCGAUUUCAUCACCUCCCUGUCAUCCCCAACCACCCAGACAAACCAACCAUCCGUCGCCACGUGGUGGAAAACCACCGAGAAAUACUACCACCUCACCUCCAAGAAGAAAACCACCACUCCUCGGCUCUCCCUUUCACUGGGAAAACAGAUUCUCGACGAGAAGUACUCGCUCGGGAAAUCACUCACGAGCAAGCACCUCGUCGAAUUGGCUUCCAAAGGAGAACAGAGAAACGCGAUCAACGUGGUUCUAACCUCUUCUGACGUGGCGGUGGAAGGUUUCUGUAUGAGCCGAUGUGGGACUCACGGGUCUUCCGCUUCGUCUGUGGGCCCCACGAAGGGUAAGAGUUACAAAUUUGCUUACAUCUGGGUGGGUAACUCUGAGGCCCAAUGUCCCGGCCAGUGCGCGUGGCCGUUCCACCAGCCGAUGUAUGGGCCUCAGAGUCCGCCGCCGUUGGGUGCGCCCAACAAUGAUGUAGGCCUUGAUGGAAUGGUCAUCAAUCUCGCUAGCCUCUUGGCCGGAACCGCCACGAACCCUUUUGGAAAUGGGUUUUUUCAGGGUGCUGCUGAGGCUCCAUUGGAAGCUGCAUCUGCUUGUCCUGGGGUUUAUGGUAAAGGGGCUUACCCUGGUUAUGCUGGGAAUUUGCUGGUUGAUUCUGCUACUGGUGCUAGCUACAACGCCAAGGGUGAAAAUGGGAGGAAGUAUUUGCUUCCUGCUUUGUAUGAUCCUGCUACUUCAAAAUGUUCAACGCUUGUGUGAGGAUUGACUGUCCACUGUGAUUGAUUUUCAUCAAUGUUCUCUGCUGCUACCUAGCUAGCUACCACUACUACUACUGCAUUAACACGGGAAUAGUAUGUUUUUUGUACAAAUAAGAAUUAUGUAGGAUUAAUUCGUUGAUUUGUUUAUUAAUGAUAUAGAAGCAAAUGUACUUGUGUUUGCUUUUAAAAAUAUGAUUAGCUUUAUUA